AGCAAUAUGAAUUUAUUGCAAAUCAUCCCAGACAUUCUGAUGGAAAGCAUGAAGUUAUUACUCAGGCAAGCGUUAUACGAUGGAGAAAAUAGGUCAAUUGCUGCUUCCCGGAACACGUUCAGUGGAUUUGAAAACCUUAGUGCAUGCGUCUUCUCCAAGAAAGCGAGAGCGUUCCUCCCGGAGUUUAAUUACACAGACACCGGAAACAUUCUGCUAUAUGAAGCACUGGCUGGCAUCUUGGCAGUUCAACCGUUCUUAGACGUCUACAAGAAGUUUCUCGGUGGUUCAAGGUCCCACAUAGAUGACCGCGCCUCCUUAGCAUCUUCGCCUUACAGACCAUUACAAAUGGCAUUCAUCUCAUAUGCUGAGAGCAUGUGUGAAAUGGUCGCUGCUCCUCACGGUGAUGAAAGCAACUUUUCGCCUUCGCGUUUGUCACUAUCCAGCAG